AUGGUGGGCCCACGGAAGAGACGACAUGACCCUGAUGAAGAGGAGGAACUUCAAUCGCUUCCCAGCGAUCUCAGCGAGGAGGAAUCAGAAUACCAAGACACCGAAUUGAGUGAGAGCCAAGAAGGCGAAGAGGACGAGUCCGAGGAGGAAGAAGUCGGAGAAGAAGACGAUGAAUCGGGAUCAGAAGCUGGCAAAGAACAAUCUCCCCCCGCCACCAAGAAACGGAAGACGGCUCCCGCGCCUGCCGAAAAGGAAGAAGAAGAAGGUACCGGCUCCGAAGAUGAAGAGGCAGGAGAAAAUGAAUCAGAGGGGGAGAAAGAAGUGAAUGGAAAGGGAGGCGAGAAGACUGCAAAGACCAGCGGACCUGCUGCGGCUGCGGCUAAGAAUAAGGGCAAAGUCGUUCCCAAGGAACCUGAUGUUACGGAGGCUGAAGAGGAAUGA